UCUAAACGUUGAUAGGGGCUGCAUAGUUUCGUACUAGCAAUUUUUAAAAGUAUAGAAUCAAAUGGGAAACUCGGCUUUUUCAAAAUACAGAAAGGAGCCUAUUGUGGAACUGACCUCUAAAGAUAUAACGACAGUGCCCAAAGAUAUUAAACAUUUAAAAAGAUGUGUUGAAUUAAAGUUAAACAAAAAUUCAAUAAGUCUUCUUCCUCCCGAAGUUGGCGAACUUGCGGGACUUGUAAAACUUGAUAUAUCAGAAAACACUCUCACUUCUCUUCCAGAUGAAAUAGAAAAACUUCAAAAUUUACUUGAAUUAAAUUGUUCUUCCAACCGUUUAUUCAUGGGCGCGCCCCUCAACUCCGCUAUUGGCCGUUUAAAAACUUUAAAAUUCUUGGAUCUCUCUUUUAACCAAUUAAGCGACGAAUCUAUUCCCGAAAGUUUUCGGUCUCUCGAGAAUCUCGAAAGUUUAGAAAUCACUGGAAACGACUUUCGGUUGAUUCCUGUAGCAAUCUGCGCACUUCCCUGCUUGCGUUUUUUGCGGGCCGAUAAAAACAAAAUAAAACUUUUAACAGAAGAUAUUAAGAUGAUGAAAAAGCUUGAACUAUUGAGCCUUUCAGAUAACUUACUACCUCGCAUACCUUCUGAGGUUUCAGCCAUGAAGUCUUUGGUGGAAGUGGACUUGUCCUCCAAUCGGCUUCAGGAUCUCCCCCCUGAAGUUGGUUGUUGGGAGAAACUCGAGAAAUUCAGUGCGUGUGAUACGCUAAUUACUGAACUUCCUGAAACAACCAAAAAAUGGAUCAAUUUAAAGGACAUCAAUCUUCGAAAUACCAAAAUAGAUGAGUUUCCUGAAACCUUUUGUUAUUGGUCCCAUCUUGAACUUGCAGAUUUCAGAAACAAUCCAUCCUGUUCAGAUAUUGGACCUGAAAUUGCGAGAGCCACUAGUCUGAAAGAGCUGUACAUCUCGAAGUGCCAACUGACCACUUUGCCUGAAGAGCUAAGAGAACUGACCCACUUGGAAAUUUUAUACGCAAGUAACAAUAACUUUUCGCAUCACAACUUCCCUGCACAUUCCUUCAGAGACUUGACUAUGUUGAGAAAAUUGCACCUUGGCUCUAAUAAAAUUAAUGUCAUUCCUGAUGAUCUCUACGAACUUCAGUAUCUUGAAGAGCUGAACUUAAGCGACAACGGAAUAUUUAAACUGGACGAAUCCAUAGCAAAGCUAACUAAUCUGGAACGCCUAAACUUGAGCCAAAAUUCACUGGAAGUUAUUCCCGAAGAAAUUGGACAACUCGCAAAUCUCAAGACUCUUGACCUAAGCAAAAACGAGCUUUUGGAAAUAACGCCCGAACUUUGUCAUUGUGUAAAGUUGAAGAAAUUGGACUUAUCUUAUAAUAAGUUAACUUCUCUCCCAAACAAACUCCACUACUGCAGUGAGCUUAUCUUGUUUGAUCUUCGUCAGAACCAACUUGUGUAUCCUCCCAACGAAGUAGUUUUACAAGGACAUGAAGCCGUGUUAAAGUUUCUUCGUGAUAACGAUAAAUCUGUGGGAACUAAGAAAAAAAAGUAAUAAAACUUUUGCC